AUGCACGCACUCGCACUCAUUCACUUCCUUGUCACUGUCGCCGCUCUGUUCGGCGCCGCUGCCAAGCGCGACGACUCUGGCAAGCUCGUCGUCGCCCAUGUUAUCGUCGGCAACACGUACCCGUACACCAUUGACAACUGGACGUCUGACAUCCAGCUCGCCUCCGACAAUGGUAUUGAUGGCUUCGCCCUGAAUGUCGGUCCGACUCCUGGCAGCCGGAUCGCGUUGCUGACGCUCUCGGGUUUCGAUCUAGGUACCAGGCCGCGUCCAACCUCGGGCUCACUUCAAGCUCUUCAUGUCGUUCGACAUGACGGCCCUGUCCUGUACGCAAGCUCCGAUGCCGCCACGCUCAGGAACUACAUCACCUCGUACGCGACCCACCCGAACCAGCUCCUCGUCAACGGCCAGGUCUUCGCUUCCACCUUCUCCGGCUCGGACUGCACUUCGGCCAGGGUCUUCUGCCAGGGCUGGAACAGCCAGUUCAUCAGCCAGCUCACCGGCCAGAACGCGGUGCACUUCGUCCCGUCGUUCUUCUCCGAUACGAGCGCCUACAGUGAGUUUGACGGCGUCAUGGACGGCACGUUCAACUGGAACGGCGGCUGGCCUGUCUCGCUCACCGUCCAGAGCGCACAGAGCGCCAUUCAGGGCCUGGGGUCCGCCCUGGGCGAUGCAACCUUCACCGCCCAGCUGGAAUCCGUGCUCAACUCGUCCAUCGGCACGUUCUCCACCGACCAGACGUACAUCAGCGCGCUCAACGCCGUCUCUGGCGACAGCAAGACGUACAUGGCCUCAGUCAGCCCGUGGUUCUUCACCCACUACCCGCAGAGCUCCUACAACAAGAACUGGCUCUACCUGAUGGACAACCAGGGGUACAACACCCGCUGGGAGACGCUCAUCUCCAACCGCGACAGCGUCGACAUCGUUGAGAUCGUCACCUGGAACGACUACGGCGAGUCGUCCUACAUCGGGCCCGUCGAGGGCGCGCAGCCCCAGGGCACGACAUGGGCCACAGGCUUCGACCACACCGGCUGGCUCGCGAUGACGAAGUACUACGCGACCGCCUUCAAGACGGGGGCCUACCCCGCGAUCACGCAGGACCAGCUCUUCAUGUGGGCGCGCCCGCACCCCAAGGACGCGCAGGCGUCCAACGACGGCACCGGCCCGCCGACGAGCUACCAACUCACGGAGGACGCGCUCUGGGCGGUCGCCUUCACGACGCAGCCCGCGACGGUCGCGCUCACCACGGGCUCGGGCACGACGCAGACGGUGGAUGUGCCCGCGGGCGUGACGCGCCUGUCGAUGCCCCUCACGGCGGGCGCGGGCAUGGCCGCGACGAUGACGCGCGGCGGCGCGGCGGUGCUCAGCGUGAGCCCCGGCGCGGACGCGUUCACGUUCAACCCGAACCCGCAGACGUACAACUUCAACGCGUUCGUCGCGUAUGCGACCGCGAACGGCACGACCUCGUGA